UAUUAAUUCUGAGACUUUCAUUCCAGUUAAAGGAGUCUCUAAAAAACCAAUGACGGAAACUUUAUUAGAAGAAAAUGUGACAUUUGAUUGCUCACCCGAUAAUAACGUACCAUCUGAAGGCGAAGCACUUUUAAAUGCAGAAUUGGAGAGUGAUACGCCUUUAUCACCUCCUUAUGUGAAAGCACCUUUGGAGGAUAGGUCAAAGUACGAAAAGUUGACACAACCAGUUUACGACAUGUCCUCAAACAGCAGUUCGGAAGAUGAAAAUGUUAAGUCGAAGAAGAAGAAAAAAAUUAAUAUUCCUGAGAAACUGCAUUCUGUAUACAAAACUGUAGAAAUGCCUAUAAAGAGUUUAAGAUCUGAUCGUAAGAAAACUGACAGUAAAGCGAAGAAGAAGCAAUCCAGCAACGAUCAAAACUCCACCAAUGCAGAUUCUGAUGACUCGAUUGGGUCAGCUAGCGAUUUACGAAUAGAUGAUGAAGACGUUCCUGCCCCGAUUAAGGAAGAUGCAAUUAGCGAAACAAUUAGUGAAAGCAUAAAAACGUGUGGUUCAUCAGCUUAUCACGCAGAAUGUGAAAGUAUGGCGACCCAUGAAGAUGACUGUACAAGUAGGAUAAUAAGGAAUAAACAGCGCGAAUUAGUUAAAAAAGCAGCUAUUCAAUCGGAAGACAUGUUAUUUGUAGGACAUCAGUAUGGCGAACGCCCGCUACUUUUAGAUGAUGAGUUUGACUCUGACGGUGAAAUCAAAUAUGACAAGUGGAGGCCUGACAAAGACAAAAAUAAGGCUGAUAUUUGGAUAGCGCCCUCUAGCAGUUUUGAGGACCGUAAUGAUGUCUUUGCUUUGGCACCUUUCGGGAGGUCUAAGCUCAAAGGCAAAGAUACAGUGGUAGAAGAUUCCUCAAAAAAACAAUCUGUAAUUUCUUUAGAAAGCGUGGAAUUCGAAAGUGAAAUUAAAGAGGUAGUGUUUCCUGAUUGCGAAGAAAAUCAAACUGUUACCACUCCUAGUCUCAACCCAUUUUUGAAUGUUGAUUUUUUGCCAACUACGAAUCAGCUGAUAAUAGAUACUACUACUCUUACUACUACUACUGCUAUUCGAACUACUGAGAGUCCAAGCCAAACAGUCAAGUAUUUCAACGAUGAGAAGUUCCAGUCAAAUUUUGACAACACGCCCUUUGCUAAAUCCAUCAGCUCAUCUACUGAUAAUGUUAUCGUUCCUUCUGAAAAAAUUGUUUUUCCUGAUCUCGUCAUUCCUAAAGAAAUUUCCGAUAAAAAGCUGAAGCAUUUCCCCAGCAAAACGUCCCGGAGUAAAUUAAGUUUGACUUUCACGAAUGACAAUAAUUCUGAAGGCCAUGAAAUGCCUCAGAAAAUAAAAAAGGACAAAAAGAAAGACAAAGAUCAAAAGUCCAAGUACUGUCUGAUAGACGAUAGUGUGUCUGAUGAUGGGCCUAGUUUCCCAACGAAGCCGGUGAAGGUUUCCAAAACAUCCAGUUCUCAUAAAAAAGGAAGUGGCAAAUCGAAGAGAUCGUCGCUCAAAGUCAAAACUGAUGGAGGAUUCAGUAAUAUGAGUUUCGAAGAUUUUCCUACUGAUGAUCGGGAUAUAAUUAAGAGUUCCAUUGUACCUUUCGAAGUAUUGAGGAGUCCAGAACAAGAGCAAAAAACUUUUGGCACGAGAAGGAUCGGAAACCCAUUUUCCUGAGUUAGUAUGGUAAUUUUUUUUCAUUCCUCUUUGCA